AUGGCAGCCAUACUAUUUCGCGAAGUAGCCCAGCAGAAUAGCACUGCCGACUAUGAGUAUGGCAACAUCAACUCUUUCGGCCCAGCUGCGGCCGGCACUUUCGAUUUUACGCCGCUCUUCGAAGACACCAUAUUCAGCCUGGUGCCAUCGGCACUGUUGCUGCUUGUCUUGCCAUACCGUUUAUUCUCUUUGAAAGGCCAGCGGCCGAAGGUUGCCCGCGGGGGCUUUUUACAUGACAGCAAGCUAUUAUUCAUGGCUGUGUUUGCGGCCAUGAACUUGGCCUUGCUGGUGUUGCACGCUUUAAACCCGUCGGAACGCACAAAAGUCACUGUGGCUGCUGCAGCGUUGACAUUUGUCUGUACCUUAGGCCUGUUGGUGCUUUCGGAUCUAGAGCAUACUCGAUCUGUUCGCCCAUCAACAAUCAUGAAUGGGUAUUUGUUGUUGACGCUUUUGUUUGACAUAGCACGCUUGCGCACCCUCUUCAUUUCCAACGCCAGCCAUGCCAUAGCCGGCUGCUUUGCAAGCAUGUUCGCUGUCAAGGCCAUGGUAUUGUUUGCAGAAGCGGUCGAAAAGCGUGGCAUAUUGCUCGAGCCGUAUCGCAACUUGUCCCCCGAGGAGACAAGCGGAAUCUACAGCAGGUCGUUUUUCUUUUGGCUGAACCAGCUCAUGACAACCGGCUUCCGCCGGCUGCUGCAUAACGAUGACCUGUAUCCGGUCGAUCGCGAGAUGUCUUCCGCAGUUUUGAGAGCAAAGAUGCAGAAAUUUUGGGCUGAAUCGUCCAAGGAAUCUUCGAGGGCGCUUCUCUGGGCCGUUUUGAAGGCGAACCGUAAACCAAUGCUUCUCUGCGUUGUCCCGCGACUAGCAUUGAUUGCUGUUAGUUAUGCGCAACCAUUUCUCUUGACACGCACCGUCUCGUUUGCCAGCGAUCUUUCACAAUCCGAGAAUAUUGGCUGGGGCCUUACGGGGGCCUUCUUCUUUGUGCUUCUUGGUGUGGCUUUGUCGAAUGGAUGGUACUACCAUAUGACAUACCGUUUUGUGACGAGCGUCCGCGGUAGUUUGGUCAGCAUCAUCUACUCCAAAACAGUUGAUUUAAGCAUCACGGCACUUGAUGAGUCCGUUGCCGUCACCCUCAUGUCCAACGAUACCCAGACGAUCUGCAACGGUUUUCAGAUGAUUCACGACUUCUGGGCAGUACCGCUCCAAUUGGGCAUCACACUUUACUUACUCUUUCGUCAGCUUGGCAUCGCAUGUCUGGUUCCUGCGGUUAUUGCUUUCAUUUCUGCUGUCGGCAUUUUUUCCAUCGCCAACAUCAUAGGCCAGGCGCAAAAGAACUGGAUGAAAAGCAUACAGACUCGCGUUGACGUGACCGCCAGAAUGCUAGGGUCAAUGAAAUCAGUUAAAAUGCUAGGCUUCACUGACUGGCUCAGCGAGAUUGUUCAGGAACUGAGAGUUGAGGAGCUCGUUGUGGCUGCUCUGUUCCGUAAGCUGCUCACUAUACGUGUCUUUUUGGCUAAUUUGAUGGCCACCACGGCACCGUUUUUCACAUUUGCAUUUUAUACGAUCGUCUUGACAAGCAAAGAUCGCGUGCUUGAUGCCCAGACAGCCUAUACAGUUUUGACGCUGAUAUCACUCCUUAGCGCGCCUAUCAAUGACUUGAUUCGCGCAAUACCCAUGAUGAAUGCAGCAAACGCAUCCCUUGAUCGGAUUCAAACUUUUCUCAGCUCCGAUGCACGAAGAGACGAUCGACUUUAUCUAAACAACACUAUAGAUUCGGAUUCUUCCGACCUGUCAGCUGAGGAUGGAACGCUGGAGAUGCAUAGCUUCCCAAAGGCUGAUUCCACGCAGCGUUCUGAGUUGAUACUUGCUCGAGAUGUCAGCUUUUCUUGGACCAUUGAUGAGAAACCCGUAGUCCGGGAUGUGAACUUUACUAUUUCACGCGGUCAGUUAUGUCUCGUUAUCGGGCCUGUUGGGUGCGGUAAGAGUACCCUGCUGAAAGGAGUCCUUGGUGAAACGCUAUCCACCAAGGGCUUCCUAUACACCAACUUCAAGGAAUGUGCAUUUGUUGAUCAAACUCCAUGGAUUCGCAACACUACUCUCCGAGAUAACAUAAUUGGUAUCUCGCCGUACGAUGAACAGUGGUAUAAAUCCGUUGUGAAUGCUUGUGCUUUAGAUCAAGAUGUUGCCAUAUUGCCGCGUGGUCAUUCGACAAUCGUCGGCUCUGCUGGCAUUUCUCUUUCCGGUGGACAGAAACAACGAGUGGCUCUUGCCCGCGCUGUAUAUGCACGCAAAGACUUGAUUUUGUUGGAUGAUACAUUCUCUGGACUGGAUGCUGACACAGAAGAUCGUAUUUUCACACGGCUAUUUUCAAGACAGGGAUUGUUCCGCAAGCUAGGCAGCACGGUACUUCUCGUUACCCACGCUGUACACAGACUGUCCUACGCAGAUCAUAUUUUAGCUAUGGCAGCCGAUGGCUCGAUUGCCGAACAGGGUACCCUGGAGCAACUGGAAGCAUCAGGCGGCUAUGUCAGUACAUUGGAGAAACGCUACAAAGCUGAGAAGGCCGAAGAGGAUAUACAGCAAGAGAAGCAAACAGAUGCUAUGCCUUCAGCGCUUGCACAAGCGGAAAAGGAGGAGCAAAUAGCCCGGGAAGAAGAAAACGAGCUUCAUAUCGCUCAAGGAGAUCUUACUCGUCAUGGCGGGGACUUAUCACUUUACACUUAUUACUUGAAAUCUGUGCAUUGGGCAUCCACAGCGCUCUGGGCUAGUUGCUUUUUGCUGGCCGGAGUAGCAGCAAAGCUGGGCGAGUUCCUAGUCAAUUACUGGACUGAUGCCUCAAAUACAGACGGAAACAGCGUCAAUGGAUUUUAUCUGGGACUGUAUGCUAUGCUGACAAUCAUAGCGGUGGGGGGCAUGGUAGGCGGCGUAUAUCAUUACAUCUUGUACUUUUCACCGAAAAGUGCUAAAGUGUUGCAUGAACGCCUUCUUUCUUCAGUUAUGAAUGCACCACUUGCAUUCUUUACGUCUGUGGAUAUAGGUACUACAACGAACAGGUUCAGCCAGGAUAUGACGCUAAUAGACAAUGAUCUUCCCUAUGCGGUGAUUGACUUCCUCAUCUCGCUAUCAAUCGGGGUGAUGUCUGCGGUUCUUAUGUGUAUAUCAGCGCGUUAUUUUGCUGCUACCAUGCCUCCAGUCUUUCUGUUUAUGUGGAUGUUGCAGAAAUUUUACCUCCGAACCUCUCGCCAAAUGCGUAUCCUCGAUCUAGAGGCAAAAUCGCCUCUCUUCUCCCAGUUCCUUGAAAGUCUGUCGGGUCUAGUAACAAUUCGAGCCUUUGGUUGGGCCUCUCGCUUUGAGGAACAGAAUCUGGUGCUGUUGGAUGCUUCUCAGAAACCAUUUUAUCUACUUUUCUGCAUCCAACGCUGGCUUGGACUGGCGCUUGAUCUGGCAGUCACCGCUCUCGGUGUGAUCCUCAUGGUGAUGAUCGUUAAAUUGCGUAGUGAGGUUGGUGCUGGCUAUGUCGGUCUAGCCAUUCUCAACGUUAUCACUUUCAGUCAAUACCUUUCACAAAUCAUCCGCAACUGGACAGAGCUGGAGACCUCUAUAGGUGCUAUUGCUCGUGUCCGCAAUUUUGUCGAUACCACGGCCAACGAGAACCGUCCUGAGGAAACGCUCCCACUACCAGACAGCGUCAAUGACAGCGGCUCUCUCGCAUGGCCACCCCGGGGAGCCAUCGAAUUCCGCAACGUCUCCGCAUCCUACAACAGCAACAAGAACAGAGAGAACAACAAACUUAUCCUCCGCAACCUCUCCAUCUCCAUCCGCGCCGGCGAGAAAAUCGGACUCUGCGGACGGAGCGGCAGCGGCAAAAGCUCCUUACUAGCCACACUGUUCCGCAUGCUAGAAAUCGAGCCAGAAAGCUCCAUCACCAUCGACGGCGUGGACAUCACGAAAGUGGCCCGACAGGAUCUGCGCGCCGCUCUCAACGCAAUCCCGCAAGAACCAUUCAUCACGCGCGGGUCGGUGCGCAUCAACGCCGAUCCGCUGGGGACACAUACCUCGGAGCAGAUCGCAGAAGCGCUUCGCAGCGUAGAGCUAUGGGAUCUGGUGCAAGAAAAGGGCGGGCUAGACGCAGACUUAGAUUCGAAUUUCUUUUCGCAUGGUCAGCGGCAACUCUUCUCGCUAGCGCGCGCGCUGCUGCGCGGCAGCAAGGUCAUUGUUCUAGAUGAAGUUACGAGCAACGUUGACGUCGUGUCUGAUGCGUUGAUGCAGCGUGUGAUCCGCGAAAAGUUUGGUAAUUGUACCAUUUUGGCGGUUGCGCAUCGGCUCGAUACUAUCAUGGACUUUGAUCGGGUGGCGCUUAUGCAUGACGGAGAGCUGGUUGAGCUAGACUCGCCGCAGGCGCUACUAUCGCGGAAUAGUGCGUUUAAAGAAUUGUAUGAGUCGUUGAGUUCGAAUAGCAGUUGA